CUCGCCGCGCGCCGUACCGUCCGCAGCGCUCGGCUCCACGUUGGCCGCGCAGGCGCAGUAGCCGCGGCGUUCACCUGCUCAGCUGGUGGGGGCAGCCCAGGAAGGAGCGGCGGCGGCGGCGGCUCCAUGGGCCCGGGGUGAGAGGGGCUCAGGCCCGCCACCGCCACCUCCCCCCGGUGCCCCUAGCCCUCUCCGCGGCAGGAGCUGCCGAGUCGUUCGGGGAGUCGUACCCCGCUCCCCUCGCCGCCGGCCCCCUCCCUCCUGCCCGCCACCAUGUUCAAGAAGCUGAAGCAGAAGAUCAGCGAGGAGCAGGCGCUGCCGCGCGGGGCUGGGGGACUCGCGGCCCCGCUCCCGCCGCAGGUCCCUUACAGAUCACCUCCACCACUUGCCAAAAGGAGGACAGCCUCAUUUACAGGUCAGGAUGAUGAAGGCACUUCGACACCAGACAAAGAGCUGCUAGCUGGGAUGAUAGCAGAACCUGCUUUUCUCUCUGAGUAUACUAUCUUUGCUUUGGAUCCCACCAAACAACCUAAGCCACAGAGUGACAGUGUGUCCGAAACUAAGCAACUCCUUGGCAGAUUCACAGAAACAGAUGGAAGUGAACCAGCGUCCCCGCAGGGCUCCCUGGUACGAGCUUCUUCAUUGAGUCGCCUGGACUUGGAUGCAGCCAGUCUCACCUUUGGUCCACCUUCAGACGUUGAAAGUGAAACAGAAGAGCCUCCAGGAAAUACUGACAGCCUCAGCAAAGAACAAUUGUUGCAGCAGCUGCACAGGAUGAAGCGCAGUUUGGGCAGCUAUAGGGGAAGAUACUCUGAGAUAGUGUCUGCUUAUCAGAUUCUGCAGCGGGAGAACAAGAAGCUACAGGGUGUUCUGAGUCAAACUCAGGAUAAAGCGCUUCGCAGAAUUGGAGAACUGAAAGAGGAGCUCCAGAUGGAUCAGCAAGCUAAGAAACAUCUCCAAGAAGAAUUUGAUGCUUCUGUAGAAGAAAAAGAUCAACUUAUUAAUGUCCUGCAAACUCAAGUGUCAUUGCUGAAAAAGAGAUUACAGAAUGGUCAGAUUGGCACCGAACUGCCUGAUAUAAAUAUUCAAUCUGAUCCACAAGUUCCAAGUCCAACGAAAGAAAUCAGAGCAGAAGACACUGUGGAACCUGGGAGCAAUGGGAGCUGUGGAGAUUCUGUUAAAACACUGGAAGCUCUUAAUCAGAGGGCGAAGCACCAAGAGAACUUGCUGCAACGUUGUCAGGAGCACUGCACCCAGUUAACCAAUGAGAAGGAGGCACUUCAAGAACAGUUAGAAGAGAGACUUCAGGAACUGGAGAAAAUAAAGGACCUUCACACAUCUGAGAAGACUAAAUUGAUCACACAGCUGCGUGACGCAAAGAACUUGAUUGAGCAGCUAGAACAAGACAAGGGCAUGGUAAUUGCAGAGACAAAGCGACAAAUGCAUGAAACAUUGGAAAUGAAGGAGGAAGAGAUAGCCCAGCUGUGUGCUCGGAUCAAACAGUUAACUACACAAGGCAAGGAAUUAAAAGAACAGAAAGAAAAAUCAGAAAGAGCUGCUUUUGAAGAGCUUGAGAAGGCUCUGAGUGUUGCCCAAAAGACAGAGGAAGCCCGGAAAAAAUUGCAGGCAGAAAUGGAUGAAAAAAUCAAAGCAGUAGAAAAGGCAAGUGAGGAAGAGAGGAUAAAUCUUCAACGGGAGUUGAGCAGAGUGAAACAAGAGGUGGUUGAGAUUAUGAAGAAGUCUUCCAAUGACCAUGUUGCUGAACUAGAACAAUUCCAUAAAAAGGAAAUGGCUACCAAAGAUCAAGAGCUAAAUGAGAGGUUACAGGCCCAAGAAAAGGCAUUCCAGGAGGUGAAGGCAGCUCUUGAAAAAAAACAGAGUGAGUUUUUAAAAACACUUGAAGAACAACAGCAACAAGGAUCCCUAGCCAUAGAAGAAUUAGAGCUGCAGAAGAAAGCAAUACAGUCAGAGUGUGAUAAGAAAGUUCAGGAGAUGCAUCAAGAAGUAGAGACUUGUCGAACUAGGAUUCUUGAACUGGAGAGCUCUCUUGCCAAGUAUUCACAAGAUGAUAGAAAGCAAUCAAAGGAAUUAAGUACUCUGAUGGAAUCUGAAAAGCAGCAGCACAGUAAAGAAAUCAAUGAUAUGGUUGAAAGACAUGAGAAAGAGUUGGAGAGCAUGAAACAGCAGCAGGAAAAGCUUUGGACAGAAAAAAUGGAAAUCUUAAAGCAACAACAAGAAACUGAAAUAGAAAAAAUGAGAGAGAAACGAGAACAAGAGAUAGAUACAAUUCUGAAAGAGAAAGAAACAGAUUUCCGUGCACAUAUAGAAGAGAUGAAUGAGAAAAUGUUAGAAAAACUCGAUGUGAAGCAAACAGAAUUGGAAGCACUGUCCUCUGAGCUAUCAGAAGCACUAAAAAUACGUCAUGACUUGGAACAAGAGCUCUCAGAACUGAAUCGUAAAGUGUGUGAAUCAAAGCAGGAAUCAGAAGGAAAGCUGGAGGAAGAGAGGAAGCGGCACAAGGAAGAGGUUGAAAGGAUGUUAAAAGAACACAAAAUGUCUAAUCAAGGCAUUGAGAAGGUCCUCAAAGAGGAACUCAGCCAACUCAAGCUAUCGUUGGAGGAGAAGGACAGACAUCUUGAGGAAUUAAAAUCAAAUGAACAGAAACUAAAGGAAGCUACAAAAGGAUCUGAAGCUGAACUUGUCCAAGUGUCUGCAAAAAUAGAGGAGCUUUCAGAGUCUCAUAAAGAGGAAUUGGUAAAGCUGGAGCAAAAGCUGACAGAUCUUAGAGGUGAAAAGUCUCAACUCAGUAAGCAGCUAGAAAAAACUGAAUCCCAACUGAAUGAAGUGAAGAAUGAGUUGGAGGCGUACAUCACUCAGACACGUGACCUGAAGCAGUGUUUGCAAGAGCAAAGUGAGGAAAAUACACAAAAAGUAACCUCCCUAACUCAACAACAUGAAUGUCAACUGAAGGAUCUACAAAGAGAGGCUGAUGAGACAAAGAGAAGUCUAACUGAGAAGCAAAAUGAAAUUGAAGAGGUGAAGAAGUUACAGAACAAGCAAGUGGAAGAGCUUGAACAGAAGCUGCUAGCAGCAGAGCAGAGAAAUAGUGCUUUACAAGGAGAAUAUGAAAGUAAACUGAAACAUCAGGAGAACAAGAUGGAGAAAAUUAAACAGAAAUCAAAAGAUAUGCACGAAACUUUCAAGAAGAAACUUGCUGAGCAGGAAGCUAAACUAAAAAAAGAGCUUGAAAAGCAGCAGUUGGAGUUCAGUCAGAAAGAGAGUGAAUUCCGUGCUGAGCUGUCGGCAAUGGCACACGCCAACUCAGCUGGGAUCAGCGAUGUCGUGUCAAAACUGGAAUCUAAUCAGAAAGAGCAGCUAGAGAGUCUUACUGAGGCUCAUAGGAGGGAAUUGGAAGAAACUACCCAGAGUUGGGAAAAGAAACUUGAUCAACAGGUUAAAGAACUCCAGGAAAAAUAUGAGGUGGAACUGCAAGAGAAAGAGCAGGAAGUCGGAGAUCUGAAACAGCAACUUGCCGCCCUCAGUGCUGAGAACGAGGGCUCCAGAACAGAAGUAACCCGGCUGAAGGAACAACAGCUGAGAGGGGAGGAGUCUGUGAGGGAAUUGCAAGAACAGCUACUGCAGUCAGUGGCUAAGGAGAGUGCUUUGUCAGAUAGAGAAAGUGACCUGAAAACACAGUUGAAAAAAUUGGAAAGUGAUUUUAAUGAGUCCCUGAAGGAGCAGUCAGGGCUUCAGGAACAGCUCAGUAAACAGAAAGUGGUUGAAGAAGAGGACAAAGCCAAAAUUAUCGAGUUAGCUGAUAGAUUGCAAACACUGGAAGAGAAGCUCCAAACUAUGCAGUCCUCUCAGUGUAAAGAUCAGGAAAGUUACGAGAAAAAAAUAGAGGCAAUUCAGCUAAAAGAAACUGAGUUUAAAAGACAGUUGGGAGAACUUGCAACCCUGUUGGAUGCUUACUGGAAGAAUGGUAACGCUUCGUUUCAAACAAAAAGCAGUGAAUUGGUGGGAAAAUGUAAUGAAAAAAUUGACAUGGUGACCAACAGAAUUGCAGAGUGUGAGAGCAGAGCUGCACAAGUUAAAGAAGCAAUAGUCAUUAAAAGGAGUAAGAUUUCUGAGCUAGAAGCUCAACUUCAAGAAGUAACAGAGCAUCAUUCUACUGCGAGCUCUUCCUUGCAAAAGGCAACACAACAGCUGCAAGAGAAGGAAAAUUUUAUUAUAUCCAUGAGAGCUGACAUUGAAGGGCUUCUAAAGGAGAAGGAGCAAUUGCAAAAAGAGAGAGAGCAUCACCAGCAAGCAGUGUCAGAAAAAGAAACCUGCAUAACACAGCUGAGGAAAGAGUUGUCUGAUAAUAUCAAUGCUGCCACCUCAGUGAGGGAGGAGCUCCAGGGAAAGGAAUCUGAGAUCUCUGCUCUCAACAAAACAAUUAAUGAGCUUAAUAUUAGACUUGAAAGCAUGAUAAGUGUAACAGAGAAGGAAGCAGCCAUGUCUCUGUUAAGAGAGCAACAUGAAGAGGAUCGGUUGCAGUUGUUAAACCAGGUACAGGAGUUAUUGUCCAAAGUUGAGAUGCUGAGUCAAGAGAAAGCAUCAGCUCUUGAGCAGGUAGAUCAUUGCACAGCCAAGCUGUCAGAGUGGAAGGCGAAAGCCCAAACCAGGUUUACACAAAAUCAUGAUGCUAUUAAAGAUUUGCAGAGCAAACUUGAAUUAAGCAAUACUGAAGGCAAUAAAAAGGAUGAAGAGCUAAAUAAACUGAAGGAGCAGCUGGCUAAGCAGAGCAAGGAUCUUGACAGUUUGAAAAGUGAACUGGAACAAAAACAAAACAGGAGGGAAAAGCAAGAAAGUGAGUUAAGUGCAAAGUUAAAAAAGCAGGCAGCAAGAAUUGCUGAGCUAGAGGAACAACUCGCCCAGAAAACCUCAGAAAAUGAUUCCUUGAUGGAGGAGCUCAAAAAGCAUAAGGAGCAAAAAGACACCGAGCAAAAAGAGAUAGUUUGGCAGCUCCAGCAGGCAGAGAAGGUGGCUUUUGAAAAAGACAAUAGAUUUAAGGAGGCUGAAGAAAAAGUGCUUAAUCUUGAGAAGCAGAUAGGUUCACUGAAAGCUGAAUUUGAAGCAAAAGAGAGGGAAUUUGAUCAAAUUAAGUCAGCGAUACUUAAAAGCAAAGAAGAGGAGCUAAAAGAAUUAGAAGAGAGGUGGGAUGCAGAGAACAGGGCUAAGAUGGCAGAUCUGAAAAAGAAGGCAGAACAAAAAAUUGGUUCUAUUAAAAAGCAGCUGGUGUCUCAGAUGAAAGAAAAGGAACAGCAAUUUAAGCAAGACAGAGAAAAUCAAUUGAGAGACCUGGAACAAAAAGUGCAGGAGAGUGAGGCCAUGGUUGAGUUCUUAAAAGAAAAAAUUAAGUCAACAAGAGAUUCCACAGAAUUAGAGAAAGAAAUGCUGCAAAAAGUAGAGAGUGUAAAAGCUGCUGCAGAGCAAGAAAGAAAUAACAUGCUUGAGAGUGUGCAACAGACGUAUGAAGAGAAAAUUGACGUGUUGCAGAAGAGCUUAGCUGAAAAAGAUGAAUUGUUGCAGAAGUAUGAAAAGGAACAACAGGAGAGUAAUGAAUCUCAUCUAGAACUGCUUAAAAAACUAGAGUGUGUUGAGAAGAGCCAUCAGGAGGAGCAGAGUAGGACUGAAAGCCUCAGGAAAGAACUUGAGGAGCAAACCAAAAAAUACUCGUUACUAGCGGAUGAACAUGCUCGUUGUGGUGAUGGUUUAGCAAGCAACAGAGAGAAACUAAACACUGAAGAACAAAAGCGUCUUGAGACAGAGAAUGUGAUUGGAGAUCUCCAGAAAAAGCUUCAGGAAACUGAGAUAAUCAAUCAAUCUUUAGAAGAGAAGAUAAAAGAGUUGGAAGAUAGCCUAUUGAAGGAAAGUGAAGCACAGAGGAUUGAGAGUUUGAGACAUGAAGAAAAGCUAAAAAGUUUACAGCAGCAGCUGGAAGAGAGAAAGAACAAUCUGAAAGCUUCUGAGGAAAAAGCUAAAUCUGGUGUGGAACUGCAGGUGUCAGUAGGUGAUCUGUGUAACCAGCAGAAGGACUUGCAGACUAAACUGGAAGAGACUGAAAGGGAGAAACAGAAGCUACGCAAAGAAGUGAAUACUCUUCAGGGAGACUUACGUGCUCUGCGGAAGGAGCAUCAGCAGGAGCUCGACAUAGUGAAGAAGGAAUCCUUAGAAGAAAUGGAGCAGAAAAUCAGAUGUGAAAAAGAAGACAUGGAGUUAAAGCACAACUCCACCUUAAAGCAGUUAAUGAGAGAAUUCAAUACUCAGCUGGCUGAAAAAGAAAGAGAAUUGGAAACAGCAGUGAAAGAGACUAUCAGUAAAGCCCAGGAGGUAGAAAGCGAAUUGAUAGAAAGUCAUCACAUAGAGACGACACAGUUGCAUAAAAAAAUUGCUGAGAAAGAUGAUGAUCUAAAAAGAACUGUGAAAAAAUAUGAAGAAAUCCUUGAGACUCGUGAAGAAGAGAUGACUGCCAAAGUUCAUGAGUUGCAGGCGCAGCUAGAAGACUUGCAAAAGGAGUACAAACAAAAAAUGGCAGAAGAGGAACAUUGGGACAGUGAAAAAGUCACAAUAACAGAACUUCAGGCUCAGCUUGCACAGAAGACAACACUAGCCAAUGAUUUAAAACUGAAAGAGCAGGAGUUCAAAGAGCAGAUUCAUGUACUGGAAGACCAGCUGAAAAAUUAUGAGAAGAACAUGUAUGUCUCAUCAGUUGGAGCACUGUACAGAGGUGAAAACCUUCACUGUACUAAUGUUUCCUCCUUUGGGGAGCCUACAGAGUUUGAAUACUUGAGGAAAGUUGUCUUUGAAUAUAUGAUGGGUCGCGAGACAAAGACGAUGGCUAAGGUUAUAACAGCAGUGCUGAAGUUCCCAGCAGAUCAGGCUCAGAAGAUACUAGAACGAGAAGAUGCUCGAUCACUGUCGUGGCUACCACCAUCGUGAAGAAGUUGUGAUGAGAAUGUCUCAUGACCCUGCUGCUUAGAAAUAUGUUCAUAUUUCUGUUGUUGUCCCUUGAGAAGGGACAAGAAGAAAAGCUACUAUUCGAGAUCACAAAUGGAACAGCAAAAACCAAAAGUCGGCACCACCUUUGGAUCACGGAUAUAGUUAAAACUUUCUUGACGAGAAGCACUAAUCAGGGGUUACCUGGUCAUGAGUCUUUUUUCUCUUCUAUUGAACACUGUCUUCUAUUUUGUGUUAAAGGUUAUUUUUUUAAAAGAGAGAAGAGACAUUAUCCUAGGAAGGAAUUGCCCACUACUGUGUCUCUAUACAGGUUUUACUGGGUGUUUUUUAAGAGUUGAAAUAAAUGGUUUGUUUCUGCUAUUUAUUUUUUUAUUUUGGACUGAAUUGUGCAAUACAUUACGGGAUGGGUAGAGGUUGAGGUGAUUUUCCUGAUGAACUUAGACACUUGGUGACUGCUCUGUCCCAAUUUGAUCUUAUGAUUGUUUGCUAAAGGUCACUUCUCUAUGCUUUUGCCUACAAUAAAUCCGAAUUGCAGUACCUCAUUUGUUUACUCCUAGCUUUUGUACCUAUAUUUUCUGGAGAAGAAGUACGUUACUGUAAAUUGUACAUAGUUAAUACGUAACUGUAUCAUAUGCUGCCCUGUGACGGCUGACAGCACUAAUCUGACAAGAGCUGAGAUG